AUCGGCAGAGCGGUACACGCGGACCGCAGCGGCUUUACCUCGAUUUGACAGAAACCUGUCAGAUAGUAAAAAAAAAAAUAGCUGAACCUUUAAGGAACUCGAGCAGUGAUACCAACAAAGCUAAAAAAACAAGAGGAUGGGAGGCAUAACUGACGUCAGCAUCUUGAGCACGAGCCUCCACAGUACAUUGAUCAGCUAUUAUGGCUUUAAGGAGGACGAGUGGCAGGUGGCAAAGAAAACAAAAGAUGUAACAGUAUGGAGAAGACCUUCUGAUGAAUUCAGUGGAUAUCUGUAUAAAGCUGAAGGAGUAGUGAAAGACAUUCCCAAGAGAAUAGUAGAUUACAUUCGCCCCGGACCUUACCGCUUAGAUUGGGAUAGUUUGAUGACCACUAUGGAUAUAGUUGAAAAAUUUGAUCAGCAAGGGUGUUGUAUAAUGCGCUAUAUGACGGCAGGGCAGCUGUGGAACAUCAUUGCACCCAGAGAGUUUGUUGACUUUUCCUACACCACAGACUAUGAGAAUGGUCUUUUAUCUUGUGGUGUUAGUGUUGAACAUGGAGAGUCUGGCAGGAAUUGUGUACGCGGCUUUAAUCAUCCCUGCGGAUGGUUCUGCAGGCCAUUGGAGGACAACGUGAACCACAGCCUUUUGACAGGCUUUAUUCAGACUGAUCUCCGAGGCAUGUUACCUCAGUCUGUGGUGGACACUGCCAUGGCCAGCUCUUUAGUGGGCUUUUAUACAGACUUGAGAAAGGCCUUGCAGAUGUAGCAUGUACUUUUCUGGAGUUUACUCCAUGUAUCGUUCUACAUUUCCAGCUCAGGGUGGUAUAUUCAGUGUAGGUAAUCCGUUUUUUCAUAAGCAUGAGCAUCUCUUUUGUAUGAACCCUGAAACGUCUAAGGAUUUAUUCUGUUUAAUUUACAUUCAGCGUUGAAAUUAUUUAAAAUGAUACUCUUUGGGCAGUAGUUAACGCUCCUUCUUCACAGCCCUAGAGACCCAAGGUGAUUUCUAACCUCGUCACUGUCUGUAGGGAGUUCACACCUUCUCCACUUGUUUGUAUGGAAUUUCUGUGGUUGACCUCAGAAUAUGAAUAUUGGGUUAAGUAAUAACUCUGGUUUGACCAGGUCAGUGUGUGUGUGAUUGACUGACAUCCCAUUUGGUGUAGUUUUCUGCUUUGUUCCUAAAUCCUUAAUGUUAAAUCUGCUAUGUCUUUUUGUCCCCUGAGGUUAAAUUAGAUUGAUCUAAUUUUAAAUCCUAGUGAGGACUAGAUGAUAUUUAGAUAUAUCUUGAUAUGAACUAAGUGAUAUUUUGAUAUAUCUUGAUAUAGACUAGGUGAUAUUUUGAUAUAUCUUGAUAUAGACUAGGUGAUAUUUUGAUAUAUCUUGAUAUGUAAAACCACAGAGUUGAAAGAGGCUUUGCUCACUUGUUUACAUGACUGCAGUUCUGAGUCAUGGAAUUGAUUCCCAGGCUUGAUCCUUGUACUGCAGUGGCUUUUCUUUAUUUACUCCAUUUUCCUGAAGGCGUGCAUGUUAAAUUGAGUAGUAGCCUAACUUAUUCUGCCAUUAGUGUGUGUUUGUGUGUUUUGUCUUUUAAUGGCCUGUUUUGCCAUCCCAGAUUUAUUUCUGAAUUGUAUUAGAAGUUGCCAGGAAUGCCCUCAGAAAAAGUGGGUUUAGAAAAUGCUUAAACUAGCGACUGUGGGUAAUUCAGAUGGGUGAGUCGUCCUGCCAAGGCUGUUCUGGUCAUGACGUCCACAAUAACAGAAUUAGGUAUUGAAUUUCAUGCUUUGUAUUUCAGUAAUUUGGAAGUAGAUCAGUAUUUCAUGCGUUUAAAUAGCUUACCUGUUAGCACUUUUGUGGCUAGAAAUGGAUGAAAUUAUCUCUGGCCAUUUCUGACUUAAUAAAUAGAGCUUUAACAGACAGCUUUUCAUUACACAAUGCAGAAAAUGAAAUGCUCUUGACAGAGAUAAUGAAACAUCAAGGUAAUUGACACGCUGAAAUGAUGGCAGUUACUGCAUCAAGUGACAUUUUUUGCACAUGACUCAAAAAAAUGGGGAAUGAGUCAAUAAACCAAAGUGAGCAGCUCUGUAUAAGUGUAAUUUCUGAGGAGAAAAUGAGUUCAGCCAUAAUCAUGAAGCAGAUGUGAAGCAUCUCCAUGGGCCUUUGUGUUGGGGUGGAACUGCUGCAAUUGAAAACGUGUGCUCAGUGACCCUGGAAAGUUGUGAAAUAUGAUACAGAUCAAGGGGUCUGCCAAGUCAGUCCUGGGGGGCAGUAGUGGUUGCAGGUUUUUAUUCCAGUUUGAUUGCUUGAUUGGAAACCAACAUUUGCCAGUAACAGAUCUUAUUUGAUAUUGCUAUAAUUAUUGUGAAGAUAACAGGCCAUCUAGCCCAGCAAGCGCCAUCCUGUUCAUCCAGAUUGUCACGCCAAGUCCUACUCUCCUGCACACUGCUUUGUCAUUUAUUCCACGUACUCUAAGACUUUUUAUGUGAAGAACAGCUUUCUAACAUAUUGACAAAAUCUGCCCUUAGCAAGUUUCCAGUCUUGUCCCCACAUUCUUAUAAUUUAAUUUUAAAUUUACUAGGGGGCCUUGUCCUCUGCUCACUUCGCUCGCUAACCCCCAUGGCUGCGCUACACA